AUGGCUGAUUUUGAGCAGCGAUUGGAUCUUACUACCAAAAUUCUUAAUAAUCUCACCUCUCGUUCUACUGAUGACAAAGUGGGGGAGAAAGACUUACCUCAGGUUGCUGUUGUUGUUCCUACAACACCAGUUGAUGUUGAUGCUCAUGAUGAAAGAGUUGAAGCAAAUGAAGCUAAUGUUGAAGUUAUAGAUACCAUCACAUCCCAUGAAGCUGAAGCUACUGAAGUUGUAGAUGCCAUCACAUCCCGUGAAGCUGAAGCUGUUGAAGCUGAGAACAAUGAUGAUGCCUUCAGAGCUGAUGCUCAAGACGAAGACCUUCCUAUCACCUCUGUAGAUAAUGUUGGUGAUAAGGAAGAUGAAGAUGAUGAUGAUGGCGAUGAAGUUGAUGAUCCUCUUUCCAUUCCUGAUGCUAGAAAAGAUCUUGGUGGUGAAAAUGAUGAUGAAGACGACGAUGAUGAUGACUUCACCAUUAAAUACCACACCAAACUAGCUGCCGCAAAAAAAGGUGUCUCUCUCAGGGAAUCUUCAUCGCAGGAGGAGAAAGAGAAAAAGACGUCUACAAAGAACCAAAACACCUCCUUUAAAGACAAAGGUGUUGUUGAAGAAGGAAACCUGAUCGUUCUAUUCAAGCCUAUCAAUCCUCAAGGAUAUACUCAACCCUCCUGGUUUGCCCUCAUCACUUCUCUCUCUCAACUCUCCUCUACCAUUCCUUCUACCACCCGUGGUCGUUUAGAUGAAUGGGUACCUCAAAACCCAAUAUCUGGAGCUCCUAGUGACCUACAAAUGACUAAGCUUAAGGAGUCACUCGACCAAACUAGAGUAAAAAUUCCUCGUCGUAUCUCUAUUUAUGGUGAGUUCGACUUUCUUAUUGAAGCUGAGAGUUGA